AUGGCGGAGUUUGUGCGCGCUCAGAUCUUCGGCACCACCUUCGAGAUCACAACGAGGUACACCGACUUGCAGCCCGUUGGAAUGGGCGCCUUUGGUCUCGUUUGCUCUGCUCGAGACCAAUUGACCAAUCAAGCCGUCGCCGUCAAGAAGAUCAUGAAGCCGUUCAGCACCCCCGUGCUUGCCAAAAGGACUUAUCGAGAACUCAAGUUGCUGAAGCAUUUGCGUCACGAAAACGUUAUUAGCUUGAGUGACAUUUUCAUCUCGCCGCUGGAAGACAUUUAUUUUGUCACCGAAUUGCUUGGUACAGAUCUACAUCGCCUAUUAACCUCCCGCCCGCUAGAGAAACAGUUUAUACAGUAUUUUCUCUAUCAGAUUCUGAGAGGCCUGAAAUACGUGCACUCCGCCGGAGUAGUUCAUAGAGACCUGAAGCCAAGUAAUAUCCUGAUCAACGAGAAUUGCGAUCUGAAGAUUUGUGACUUUGGCCUGGCCCGCGUUCAAGACCCUCAAAUGACUGGCUACGUGUCGACAAGAUAUUAUCGCGCCCCCGAAAUCAUGCUUACUUGGCAGAAAUACGAUGUCGAGGUUGAUGUAUGGAGCGCCGGAUGUAUCUUUGCCGAAAUGCUCUCUGGCCGCCCGCUGUUUCCUGGUAAAGACCAUGUGAACCAGUUUUCAAUCAUCACAGAAUUACUAGGGUCACCGCCAGAUGAUGUUAUUCAAACUAUCUGUAGUGCAAAUACCCUUCAAUUUGUGCAGUCUCUGCCCAAGCGUGAACGCCAGCCAUUAAGCGAGAAAUUCAAAGAUGCAGACCAUUUUGCGGUUGACCUCUUAGAGAAGAUGCUUGUUUUCGACCCUAAAAAACGAAUCACCGCUGCUCAAGGUCUUGCGCAUGAAUACCUAGCCCCUUAUCAUGACCCAACAGAUGAACCUGAGGCGGAAUCGAAAUUCGACUGGUCUUUCAAUGAUGCCGAAUUGCCCGUCGACUCAUGGAAGGUUAUGAUGUAUUCUGAAAUUCUCGACUACCACAAUGUUGACCAGGGGACUCAAGACGGCCCGGAAAGUACCCCUAUCGAUGCCACUGUCGCUGCCCCCCAGGUACCAUUGUGA